AACUGCCUGAGCAGUCGCGCGAGAUAGCAUGCAAGAGUUGAGUCCAUGAAUGAAGUCGAGUGUCAAGUUGCAAGUUGCAAGGCGGCGGAACGUAGCGGAACAGUGUGCUCAAAACUCAUGCCAUUGCAGGUCCUCGUUUCCUUGUCGGAGUCAGUCGGAGUCCUUGCCCUGUUUCACCGCUGAACUCUGUCAACGUGAGGAUGGCGGAGAGAAUCAUCUGAGAUUCUAAUAUCAGCCGGUGAAAUGUUUCGAAAGAAUGGGCAGCUCCUAGGGCGCUUUGUGAAGCCUAAGGUGGUGCAUCCACCUGGCAGGAAUUUGCACAAUGCUGUGGUUAUCAGCAACCAUUUGGCCCGUCAGAGUUGUGCGUCUCAGCACCUAUAAGUUCCAAUCUGCACAUCAGCCUCAACAAUCCGAGGAAUCAAACAGAAGCACAACCGGCCUCCUCAUACAUCCUGCUGAUCCUUCUAGUCUGCUGAAGCUGAUGGCCUGCUGAGGACAAAGAUGGUUAGCAGGACAUAUAUAAGGGCUCAUGAUAAUCGCCGGGCAACGCCGGCAUGGCCGCGUCCAAAGCGCUCGGACGCCGUCCUUCUCCUCGUGCUAUGUGCUUUUGGCGUCGCAGCAAAGGUCGUCAUGUCAGGCCUUGAGGCGCUCACUGAAGAUAUCAAUGUCCAGACAGACACUACAUCAGACGAAGACUCCGAAGCCAGAAGCUUCGUCAAACCCUUCGACGACUGGUGGCAUAUCACAAUACUGAUACAUACCACCAAAGAGACAUGGGAGACUCAAGCUGCGGCCGUGAAAGCGACGUGGUUGGCGGAACCGCUGCCCCCAGGAGUGCGAUUGCGGCCAGGGUUGCCAAAAGAACCAAAGGGCGCAGGCAACGAGCGGGCGGUACAAUCCCUGAUCCAGGUUCUGAAGACAGGGCCGUCGCUUUGGUACAUCAAGGUGAGCGACGAAACGUACGUCAAUCUGGCGGCCAUUACAUCCCAAUCGCUGGCGUCACUAGAAUCGCCCCAGGAACGCCCUCACUAUGUUGGCGACUGUGCCUGCUCUUGGGAAGAGGGAAACUCUAGAUGCAGCAAAAUGAAGUACUUCGACUGCUCCGUGUUUGCGCGCCUGGAAGGGACGUCGGCAGAUGGGGACGGUUAUGAGGCGGUGACGGGUUACGAGGCGGAUACGGGUGGUUACGAGGCGGUUACGAAACGUAUAAGGCGCGGUUACGCGUGUGGUGGCCCUGGCUAUAUAUUGUCGUAUGCGGCGGUUAAGCAGUUCGUCGCCUUUGAACAGGAAUCCGGUGCCGCCCGUGGCCUCGAAGACAUGAUGAUCGGCGACGCAAUGCAGCGGCAUCUUGGCACGACAUGUACAGAAUCUCCUAUUGGCACCUUUGCUUUGGUGACAAUUGAAGAAGGGGAGACUAGUGACAUAGGCAUAGAAAGGGCGCGGGCUAGCAAUCGGACGCUAGGGACUAUGUAUAAAAUGCGUCCGGACAUGAUGCGCACGUUGCAUCAGCAGUUAGCCGACCGUCGGACAGGGAGCCAGGAGAAGUAGCGCUCGGUAGCCUUUAGCGGAAGUGUCGGGCAAAGCUAGUCAUUCCCUCUGUGGAGUUGGGAUGAACAGGUUAAACCAGAAUUCUGCGGACAGAUCAGAUCACUUAUGAUAGGGCGUAUGGUUGUGUGGAUCUGCUAGGAGAUUGCACAUAGUGCUUCUCAUGUAUGUACGUAAAUCAUCGACCUGUAUUAGUUCCUUGUACCUACACGAGUGCAGUAUACCGUUUCAAUGUGGCACAGCUCCUUUGUACAUAGAAGCUUGAUUGACAAAGGGCACAGAUUCAGAGGAGCUUAACUCCUUGAAGAAGCUCUGCAGGUCGCCCUAACAUUGAGUGCGCAGCAUUCAGGUACUUAUGUUAUAUAAUUGUUGGCCGCGGACGCACGUAUUUAAAUAGAUUGAAGUAUACUAGCACACAUAAACGUC